UCGUGCGUUGCUGUUGCUAUCUUCCCACCUGCUUGGACGCCGUACGACCUGUCAACACAAAGAUGAACCAAUUUUUCGCUUUUCUCGUGCUUUGCCUGGCGGCAAGGGUGAAUGGCUUCGUGCCAGCUCCAGCAGCCUUCUCGAAGGGCCAGUUCGCGUCGCGAGCAGCAGCAUCAUCUCAGGUUGCGCGAUCGUCGAUCUCGCCGCGGACGGGCGUGUCGUCUGCCUCGAACCCCGGCGUUGGCGUUAUGAUGAUGGCCACGAAGGCGGAGGAGGCGACGAGAAACUUCUGGGAAGGGGAGUGGGUAUGUGCUGACUGCGGUUACAUCUACGAUAUCGACGACUGCGGCGGACUGUACCUCGAGGAACAGAAGCGUGGGUUCGUUUGCCCGCAGUGCCGCGGCCCCCGCCGCCGGUUCGCGAAGAAGGUCGGCAACCAGGUGGGUAUCACCCAGGACGGAGGCGAUGCGCCCAUCUUGCUUUUCUCCUUCCUCGGCCUGUUCGGUACCGUGGCGUUCGGCUACUGGUUCGCCGGACAGUAGAGGCGCCUUCGUCACGACGGAGUGCGGAUGGGUGGGAACAGUAUAGCUUGAAUGCUGGGAGGGGGUUUGGGAUGUCUACUUCGAUAUUGUUCGGCGUUGAGGAGGGUCUCCGGUGGUGUGUGGAAAUCGCACAACACUGCCUGAGCAUCGGUGAGACCGGCGUAAAGGGGGCUCCGCGUGAUCCGCUAGAGGGUAGUGAGAGCCUCGUUCCGUGGGCAAGUCUAGAUAGAGCAAGGGUGGGAUAUAUAUAGGACGUCGAGCGCCUUCUUGAGAGUGAACAGCAUCACAGGCUGUCACGGAAUGUCGUCGCAGCCAAGACCAACGUUGUAUUUUGUCAAGCGUUCUUGUAAAGCCCAGCUGCCGCGCUGGUGUGCGCUAAAGCUGCGCUGAACCAAGAGUGUGUUAGGCCAAGCUGCCGAAACUACGCGGAGCACUUUGGUGUGACAGAUUGGGACGGGAUGCCCGGGGGGGGGCGUGGUCGAUGGCGCUCUCUCGAACGGUUUGUCCGGUGUGUCGUCUGGAUUUUAGAUUGGGGGGGGAGGUUCCACGCGCGGGAGGGGGACACGAAAACGAUAAAACAACCCCGGGCACCGCCGUGAGCCCGUGGCACCCCUUGGUUCCACGGCUGGUGUGUUUUGGCUCCUCAUACUGAUGUGUGUAGACUGACUGCUGUGUUGGGGUAAGGUAGACGCUAAUAUCACAAAUCACAAAAAUAAUCGAGACACGUUUGGGGUUUGAGUUGUCGUCACUAGCGGCCGUUUGUCAUUGUUUAUAUGGGCGAGGCUGUUUGAUGCCACUCCAUCCCCGCAACUUCGCUAGUGUUCACCGGGUGUCUGCCCCACACUUCUUGCAGCGAAGACGGAUCUGUUGUCGGAGAAGCUUGACAACACCUUCGAGCCGCCCUACGAUAUGGCUACGAUAGGGGGUAACACGUACACCCCGACAACAUCGGCUAUGCGACC